AUGCGUCCGAUCGGAAGACGAUGCGCGAUAGAACUCCUGGAACGCAACCCCCGCCAACUUGACGACCCAAUCUACGGCAAGAUUGGUAGAGGCUUCAAUGCGUCCGAUCGGAAGACGUUGCACGAUAGAACUCCUGGAACGCAGCCCUCACCAACUCGACGACCCAAUCUAUGACCAGAUUGGUAGCGGCUUCGAUGCGUCCGAUCGGAAGACGACGCACGACAGAAAUCCUGGAACGCAACCCCCCGGCAACUCGAGGAUCCAGUCUACGACCAGAUUGGGAGCGGCUUCAAUCUCCCCUGCCUGGAUCGACUGGACGAACGAACCCUACUCCUCAAGGAAGGUCUCACACGGCGACUAGGCCUCGCGGAGUUUCUCAGCUACAGAACCAUCCAAGGGACCACCGGCCGAGUAAUUAA